AAACCCAUGAAAAACGUGAGAAAAGACGCAGAGUACGGUCAAACUGAAAACCCAGGCAAACGGAGAGAAGGCUGCAGUUCAAUAUGCGUCUUCAAGCGAGUAUGUGGUUCGGACGGGUGGCAUGCGUCCUUCUCGUAUGCUUGGGAACGCUUGCGGAUGCAUAUCCAACGAAGCCAGACAACCCGGGAGAGGAUGCACCUGCGGAAGAACUAGCCAAGUAUUAUUCCGCCCUAAGACACUACAUCAACCUCAUCACAAGGCAGAGGUAUGGGAAAAGGUCAAACACUGAUGCAUUAACUGCAAGUCUGCUGUUUGGAGAGACACAUGACCAACCACAAUCCAGAUAUGACGACCCUUUAAUGUGGUGAUUUCAGCCAACAGCUAUAACCAAACAUGUCUGUCAACUAUUUAACUUUAUCAACACUGUCAGUGGUGACGAGAUCUGACCUCAUUAAAAUGGCUACUGCCAAUAGUCCAUCAUAUUGCUAAUAUGCCAAACAUUUGUAAACCAUUGUAUCAUGCUACCUGCAACAUGGUUAAAUUCUGCAGGACUUCACAGUAGUUAUUGGUACACAGUACCAGUAUCAGUAACAAUAGAUAUUGGUUAAGCAUGUAUGUCAUGUAAGUCAAACAAACCAUAUCAAAUGAUUAAAAAGCCAUUGUUAAUUCUGAUAUAAUUUUCAGUGUAAUGGUCAACAUGAAUCAGCCAUGUUGAGAAGUGUCCUCACCCAUGUUUAUUUAAAAGCAGCAAAUGGUUACUGAUUGCAUGCAGUUCCCUAUUUCUCCUCUGUAGAAUCCCAGUGUUUAUGUUAAUGCAUUUGUUGUGGCUGCACCAUAAAUAGAGAACACUGUAUAGCAUAACUGACUAUUAAACUAAUAUAAUUAAAAAGAAA